GAAACAUCAGAUUCACAGUGGGAACAGUUAAGAAUUGUAAUCGAAGAGGCGGAAGACGAUAGAAAAAAACUGCAGGAUUUAAAAGAAAGUAAUCAAGAACUAUGUAAGACGUAUCUUGACCGUCUCCGUCAAGAUUUAGCAACUCCGGAUGAGUGCAAAUCAGUAAGAGACAUUGAAAAACAACUUCAGGGAAUUCAGGAAGACCUGGACAGGAUACAGAAGAAGACUUCUGAUGAAGUUGUUAUUGAAUUUGUAGGAGCUACAAGUAGCGGAAAAUCGACGCUUAUAAACGCCUUGACAAGGGAAGAACGUCUUCCAGCUGGCUUUGCAGAAACAACAAUGUGCUUAAUUGAAGUUUAUACUACAGAUGAUGAAGAAUGGAGUGUAGAAGUUAAUGGCGAAACGUUGUCUGAUAGAAAGGACAAGGAAGGCAUAAGAGAUCUCUUGACUGCGAUGAGUAAAGAAGAUGUCCGAAAAGAACGCAGUGAUUUGAACAUAAACGAAGGAAGCGUGGUUCGCGUGGGUUGGCCAAAGAAGUUUAGUAGACAUCUUCCAAGAAACGUUGUCUUGGUUGAUUCUCCUGGUUAUGGCGAGGACGAGAAUUGCGACCAAAUUGUCAAGAAUUCAUGCCAAAAAGCGGACAUAAUUGUAGCUGUUAUGGACUCAAUGUCUCCAUCUAAAGCGCACGUAAGUAAAUGCUACCAAUGUGUAUGUGUAUUUCCACCCCCUCUGUCAAAAGUGCCAGACCUGUCUACGAGGAGGCCGUUAUCUCUUACAUAAGCUCCUGUCACGACUUACGACCCGCGACUCACCCACCCAGACAAAUCAGACAACUCACUAUUUAACAAUUAUUCCUCGAGCCCGAAUGGGAUCUGAGUCAAUAGCCCAUGAGGCGGAAGGCCGAAUGGGCUAUUGACUCAGCGGGCGAGAGGUAUAAUCCAACUAGUUGGUCAAAAAUAUCGAGACAAAACAACUUUAGCUGACAAAACGCGAUUCAGCCGCCAUUGCUUUGGCUUUCAAAGCUGGCGCUUUUUGCUACUAGUGGGCUAUAACAUAUAGCCUAGUAGUAGGUCAACCAAUCAGAACGCAGCAUUGAUAAUAGACCACUAGUUGGGUUUCACUAAUUGCUAUUAUUCAACGAAAGAAAGAUUGCUUUCUUUGAAGCACAAUUAUUCCCGCUGUGUAUAUAAUGAGCCCGUAACUGCCUCGUCCCCAGUCGCUCGCGAUCACUUUUUGGGGGAUAUAAGCCUUGCGAAAAAAGCCUGUGGAGGAGGUAGGGCCCGUAACGCGGAAGAUAAGAAACUCCUUUAAAUUCCAUUACGCCGAGCCUGCGCGCUAAUGGCAUUGAUGCAUCGCAGCCCUUGCUUGGAAUUGCUCGGUUUUUGCCUGACUCUUGGCCAGUUCAACGGAAUUCAGUGGAAGUAACUUACAGGGCGACUACUAUUAUGUCAACUAACUUUGUCGGAAUGUAUUGUUAUUUUCCUGCAAUCCGACUGGUCAACUUUGUCUAAGUGGCCCUGGUUACAGUGGUCACAGUUUCACCUCCCCUGGCGGUGUUUGAUGUCGCAUACCCUCGUUAUUCGGGAUGCCUUUUGUCGUGGAAGUCGAAUAUUAGACUAAUGUUUUUGUCCGACAUAAAAACUUUCUUUGUCCAUUGUACUUAUUGCUUAUGUUAUGAGGGGUUUGUCUACACAUUGAUUUCUGUCUUAUUUAGUAAAAGUUAAACUUUUCCUUUGGGAGAAUCCGCGCAUAAUCAAAGACAGACCACUCUCUGGUCGCUUAUAUUAAAAUUUGAGCAUCGAUCUUUUGUACUUUGUAGAAGAAAUUCAGAUGUAACAGAUGAAUCAAAGAUGAACCUUACAUUGGGUACAAUUUGCUUCAAAACGAACGUAAAUGUUUCAAUUUAAAGUUCAAGCGAAGUGUUAACUAACUCAUGUGUCAUGUUGUUUUCGCUGUCCUGAGCGGUAAAAAUGGAAUACUUCGUGGAAAAUGCGCGCGCACGGUAUUUACGUCCGAGCUGUUAGGCUGUGUUCAUCAUAUACAUACUGAGCAAGAGAGAAUUCUCAUAUUCUCUAUUGUACUGAAACAUUCCUCAUUCUACCAGCCUUUUUAUAUUUUAAAUAUUUCGUAAGUGGUAAAAGAUAAAAUUUGCCCGCUUCACAUCGCGAAAUAAUGUAUCGGUCAAAUCGAAGCUUCAACAUCCCCCCCCGGGCAACCCCCCGGGCAUUUGACUUUUUUGAAAAUUAUUGUUCAAAUUCCCCCCUACCCGGGUCAAAGUGCCGUUCAAAUGCCCCACACUAGGGUCCAUUCAGGUGAUCAAAUGCCCCCACCCCGGGGACAUUUCACAGGCACAUAAAUGACAGAACGACGGCAGAAACGCCUUCAGUUGUCGAACAAAAUCUUUAUAAAUACAACAAAUAAUUCGCAUUCAAUAUAACAAAAACUGAGAAAAACUGUUAGCGUAUUUACUACCAACAAAAGUCUCGUGCAAAGCGGCGGAAAUCGCUGCUACAAGGUCACUGAAGGCUUAGAGAUUCUUCGUGUGUCGUGCAACAUAGCGUUCUUUUAAAAAGUUCCACCUAUUAUGAGAUUACUACAUCAUGACAAAUUCACUGACAUGCAUCAUCGCUCACCUUAUUAAUCAACAUACAUGCAGCAGGUCAAAGUAAUUGACCUCUGUUGAGCUUUUUAUUGUCGCAUUGAAUCGCCUGUAUAGGUAUUAUAAUUCGUUAUAAACACAACUUAAUACAUUCAUAUAUUCAAAGCCUGAAUCCAAUAUUAAAAAUAUUAAAAUUUAAAUACCUUCAAAUACGUCACAAACCUUGUAACCAAUUGGCCACAAAAGCACAAUCUUUUCCACGAAAAUCCUCUAACACCGCGUCCCCCAUGAUAGCUCGCCACGCCAGAGAUUUCACAUGAAAUCGAGGGUGCAGUUCACAUUCCCCACCCCUAACGCAUGGGGACCAAUUUCCCCACACCCUGGAAGACUCUGAUAAUCAAAUUUCCUCCUCCCAGGGACGGCAAAGGUGUCAAAUGUCCGGAAUAUGCCCGGGGGGGGGGGGGGGGGGGGGGUUGAAGCUUCGAUUUGACCGGUACAUAACACACCGAAAGAAAACGCAGGGGUCCUUUGGAAGGCGUUAGCAAAAUUUGUAAAGAACAUAAGGAAUGGGGGUCAUUUAGAAAUUUAUAAGGGGGGGGGGGGGGGGGGGGGGGGGGGGGGGGGGGGGAUGUUGAAGCUUCGAUUUGACCGAUACAUAACAUCACGAAAGAAAACGACGUCGUCCUUCGAGAGCUGUUAGCAAAAUUUGUAAUGAGGCUAAGGAUAUGAGGUAAUUUAGAAAUUACUAGUUGUCUUAACUUUUUCUUUUGAAUUUACAGUUGUUGGCGGAUAAUGAAUAAGCUUUAAUAACAGAAGACAGAAUAGUCCCUAUCAAAAGUACAACUUAAGCUCACUUGUACUUGUUUUCCCUUUCUACUGCAGUUUUGCAAGCUCUCUACAAGUUUCUUUAGUGACAAUGAAAUAUGCAAAGCUAUUCUAUUCUAAUUUUCGAACUGUUGAUUACUUUUCUACGAGGAAAAUAAAGCGCUAUUUUGGGAGAUAAUUAUUUGACCGGUAGUGAGAAGUAAAGGAGGAAAACAAGUAUACUAUUUACACCGAUCUCGCCCACGCUCCUAUUGGGGCUUAAGGAAAUCCGGCCGCCUCUUCCGGAUCUCCCGUGAGAUACAGACCCGAGAUAGAGUAGGGUGGGAUGAGGCGGGACGAGAGAAAACCAAACCAUCCGAAAGAGGUGUCAUGGAGCGGAGAGUGGGCAAGGAAAGGUGUAAAGCCAUACAUUUACACGGAUCUCGCCCACGCUCCUAUUAAGGGGUGGGGAAAUCUGGCGGCCAAACUUGCGAACCAUACCUUCCGAAACAAUGCACUCCCUAAAGGAGAGACCACACUCCAGGACAUCCAACCUCAAAACCUCCAAACCUUAAAGCCGCCAAACCUAAACACUCUAAAACCUAAGACCGCAAAGCUAACACAACGCAUAGGAAGACCACCAAGCUUGGCACAUCCACUAGAUAGCCGGGAAUCAAGACUGCAAACGAUAAGCAUAUCGUCUAGUUGGAAACAAAUAAACACAUCAAGUGAGUGGAAACAACAUAAACACAUCGCGUAGCCGGAUUUAAACAAAACAUAUCCGUCGACUGAAACAAGUCGUUUGGGUUUAGCGAAAAACAACGACAAAAUAUGCGUUACUAAACAGGCUAUGAGGGAGAACAUGUUAAGUUUCCGACGGCUAGAGCAAGAAACCCUUUGUACUUCGCCCAAAACAAAGGCAACAUAAACACAAACAACAUAGAAACAAAUAAAGCAAUUUUAAAACACCUUAAAAACAAGUACAGGGAACAACAAACUUUAUCAAAAUUGAAAUCCCUGGUACUUAAAAACGCUCGACAGAGUCAGGAAACAAAAAUUGCCAGGAAAAAACAUCUUCUCUAGAGCUACAAAAUACAUCGUCAUGAACAAGUCAGGGAGCAACAAAUUUUGCAAAUUUUAGUAAUAAACUUGAAGUGGAUGGUCGGAGGACAAGUAAACCCAAUAAUAAGUAUCAUCAUCGACAACAACAAUAAUAAAAAUUACAAUAAUAAUUGUUCAUUGUUAAUGUUAUUGAGGACAUUUUAUGAUGAUGAUUACAUGUAUUUAUAUAAGGGCCACUCAUAAAGGGCCACCACAAUAACACAGAAUAAUGUACUUUUUAUUUCCAACAUCUAGGCAUAACUUUAUUGACACAAUGACGUAAUUUGAUGUCAUUAUGAAGUCACGUUGUUGAAUUUAUUGGCCAAAUCCAAUUCCAUAAUUUUUCCCUCAAAGCGAAUAAUACUCAAAUAGGGCGAAUGCUUGGCUGGUACUGCGUCAAUAUGAGGUCUUGGAUGGUUUAUCAUCAUGGACAUAUUUUGGCGAAACAAGUAGCAUACUUCAAAGCUCUAGGCCGCAGAGACACCUCAAUAUUUAGCUAGAGAGAAAGAACUUGUGGCAACAAAAGGCGAAAAAUGUCUUGUUACAACCGUACAUAGAAGAUGGAACUUGAGCAUAAACGUUCGAGACUGAGACUUUUUGUUGGUAUCAUUGUACAGUCGACUGUCUCUUAACAGACACCUCUAUAAGACGGACACCUCUGUAAAAUGGACACUUAGAGUUGGUCCCUACCUUUCUUUACUCCCUUUAUUUGACUCUCUAUAAGACGGACACUUAGUGCCGAUCCCAAAUGUGUCCGUCUUAGAGAGAGUUGACUGUACUUAAGAAAAAGCGCCUCGUUUUCUACAGAUAAUGGCCGAAUGUCAAGAUUGUCUAUUUUUUUUACCGUAUUUCUAACCAUGAAACCUUCAUCCCAAAAUAUCUCGAUAACGCUCUAAAAAGAUUUCGCUUAAACUUCACGAACAUCGAGGCGGCUAUUGGAGGAAAGAGCUCCCGUGAACGAUUUUGAAGAACAGUUCCCAGUGCCGAAAAAUACUGCUGCAAGUAAGAACACAGUAAAUAUACGAAAUAAAAAACGUACAGAAGGAAGAAAUAAAGGCAGAGGUGACCUUGAAAUUAAAGGGUGACCGGACCGUAAACCUGUCGACGCGUGGCGACCUAAAUCCGGAUGCAAAUCAAGAUACUUAAAGACGGCCCGGCUACAGCAACGACCUUUGAAAUUAGAGAAGAUGGAACAAAAAAAGGAGGCAGAAAAGAUGGGACGAACGCUAGUGAAGAGACAAGGAACAAGGAUGAAAGGGUGGGAGGAGUUUGAUGAACUCGUUUAAUAAAGCUAUUAUGAAGACAAUGAAUGCAUGGUGUAUGUAUCUUAUGUAGUCAUUUGGGUGAGACCGCUGUUAGUAGGUAGGCAAAAAUCAGCCGCCUGCGCUCACGGCCUAGUCCACUUCAAGCUGGAACUGACGCCAAACCAUUGAAUUUCUUUCCUCAAAAACAACGGCAUCCGAUCGUCUAGAGAACUCUUAAUGCUCUUGCUGAAGCGUAGCUCAGGCAAUCAGACAUUCUUUUUUCUUUUUGAGCUUGAAAGUCGGCGGAUGAGCAACGAAAAAGGAAAGAAGGACCGCUUUAUCGCAGGUUAAUUGCUGCCUACUUUGUUCUUCCCCUUUAAUAGGGCCUUUUCAGUGUUGUUAAUCUUUUAGUUGCUGGUCAAAUAAUUAUCUCGCAAAUUAGCGUUCUAAACAUGUCACAGUUAACAGACUUCAUUUCGGUGGAACUUUUCUCGCAACAUUUACAUUCAUUUGGAGCAAAUUGUAACCUCUGUAAUUUUCGUCUGCAUUUCGGGUUUCAAUUGCAACAACAGCCACCAUACGAACGGAGGGUGGCCUUCUAACUAUCAGAAACCAGUGUGCAGUAAAAUAAUCACCCCACUUAUUUUAAGGUCACCAGAUUAGUGAAAGAGGUGAACUGCCAGUAUGCAUUUGGUGUCUUCACAAAAUGGGAUAAAGUCAUACAAGAGUAUGAAAAGGAAAAUAGUCAAAUAUCCCUGGAGUUUUUAAGGGACAAGAACACAAAGAAGUAUCUAGAAAACGUUAACUCAAAGGACCGAAGGGCCGAGAAGGAUGACAUAUUCUUCGUUGAUUCCCAGCACGUGUUUAGAAAAAUAGAGGUAAGCUUUCUUUUAGCUUUGAAGUGCCCAUAG